UCGAGGAGGGAAUGGCAGGCAGCUCGUCGCAUUUGUCCAACUCCACUUGGUUAUUCCUCGGUACCUAGACCAAAGAGCACCAAACCACGAGUGUGCUAGCUAGCUAGCUAGGUGGCCGAGAUGAUAGGGUGGGGGGACGUGUACAAGGUGGUGUCCGCCAUGGCGCCGCUCUACUUCGCCCUCGGCCUCGGCUACGCCUCCGUGCGGUGGUGGAAGUUCUUCACCCGCGACCAGUGCGACGCCGUGAACCGCCUCGUCAUCUACUUCGCGCUCCCCUUCUUCGCCUUCGACUUCAACGCCCAUGCCGGCACGUUCGCCGCAGGGUACCGCGUCCUGGCCGCCGACGCCGUCGCCAAGCUCGUCGUCGUGCUCGCGCUCGCUGGGUGGGUCGCGUACUGCCGGUGGCGGCAUUGGAUCCGUGCCCCCAAGGCACCACCCGCGAGCUCGGCGUGGCCGGGCCCCUCCUGGUCGUGGUGCAUCACCGGCUACUCGCUGGGCACGCUCAACAACGGGCUCUUCGUGGGCGUGCCGCUGCUGGACGCCAUGUACGGCAAGUGGGCGCGCGACAUCGUCGUGCAGCUGUCGGUGCUGCAGGCCGUCGUGUGGCUCCCGCUGCUGGUGGUGGUGUUCGAGGCGAGGCAGGCCUGGCUGGAGGCGACGUCGGCGCCGGCGCGCGACGGCGGCGCGCGCGAAGAAGGCGAUCAGGCGGCGCUGGGGAGCGACGACGGGGACGGCCGGAAGACGGCGACGACGGGGUGCGCGUUCUGGGCGCGGCUGCUGCGGACGGUUGGGGUCAAGGUCGGCGGGAACCCGAACGUGUACGCGAGCCUCCUUGGGGUUCUGUGGUCUUCCGUGGCAAACAGGUGGCACCUGGAGAUGCCAGACAUUAUAGAUGGCUCGAUUUCGAUCAUGUCAAGGACCGGCCUUGGGAUCGGAAUGUUUAACACGGGCCUGUUCAUAGGUCUACAGGACAAGCUCGUCGUGUGCCGGCCUGGACUUACGGCGUUGGGCAUGGCGAUGAGGUUCGUCGCUGCUCCGGCAGCCACCGCGGUCGGAGCGCUACUUUUGGGACUGCGUGGUGACCUUUUGCGUGUUGCCAUCUUACAGGCUGCACUGCCUCAGUCUGUCGGAGCAUUUAUCUUCGCGCUAGAGUAUGACCUGCACGCUGAUGUACUCAGUACCGUGUAAGUAAACUGCAAAUGUGACCGUGUCAUGGGUAAUAGUCGGCACGCUGGCUUCGCUGCCUGUGAUAAUCACAUAUUAUAUUGUUUUAGGGCUCUUGUGAAUACGUUAUAUGUUCCCCUUCUAUUUUAUUUUGGGGAUUUGUUAUGUAUGUGUGCCCACAAUACAAGAUGUACCAACUUCUCAAUGUUUACUUCAACAAGAAUUGCCCGUGCUUGGGCCGUUCUUCUCCUUGGGCAAUGCCAUCAUGACUAACACUGUUAAUAUCAAAUAGUAAUAGUUACAUCGUCCGCAAGUGUAUCUAGUAAAAGCUACGUGGUUUAAUGAUUCAUUGAUCCAACUACAA